UUGCCUUACAGAAAUCUGUAACUUGAGGAACUCGGAGGCAUUGUUUAACUUGGGAAUUUUUCCCUUUUAACAGUUAUUUUACAAAAAAUUUCUAUCAAGUAAAUAUACAAUGUGAUAAUGUUUGGGUAACCCGCGGUAACCUUUCAUUCUACUUUCAUGUUUGUAUAUUAAAAAAAUAAAAAUCGAUUUAGAAAGCCAACAAAUUUGAGGUUAUAACUACAGCUCAUGCUACAGCAAAUUAGACGCUUUUCUCUCAAGUCUCAAAGUACGAGAUAAAUCACCAUGUCGUUACUAAAAUACUCAAAGAAGCUCGUCCAAAUGAAGCCUUCCCUGAACAAUGUCCACCGCUGUAAGGUUUGUCCAUAUUUCACAACCUCAUUUUUGCUUAUGGUGAACCACGUUAAACGCCACCGGGCUCCCCCACAAUAUUUCAACUGUGAAAAUAUUGACAUCGAAACUUACCACUGUGAGGACUGCAAUUUCCAGACAGAACUAACACUUCUUUUCAAGCAGCACGCCCGACAGUGUUAUAGGAAAUCUGAAGAGAAUUUACCAGAGCAAGUUUACUCAACUCAAAGUUUCCAACUCAAAGUUUCAUUUGCAAGAAGUGCAGUUUUGAAACACAUUUCAAGCUGAAGUGGCUUCAGCACAGUACACAGUGUUUGGGAAGCAAUAACUUUCAAACAGUAACAACUAAUGGUAAAAUUAUCAUAUGGUAUCACUGCAAUCAGUGUGAAUGCAGAUUCAAAAGGAAACAAAACUUGCAGGCCCAUAAAAUUUUAAAACAUUUGAGUGAUGAUCAACGUAGGUGGUAUUAUUGUGGAGAUUGCUCCUAUAAAUCCAUUCUGAAAUCCCGUUUAAAAGUACAUGUAAUGAGGCAUAUGAACAAACCAAAGAGACGGAUUUCUUUAAAAACUCCUGGUGUUAUGGAGUAUAUGGAUGAGCAGGGUAUUAAAUGCUAUAAGUGUGAAAAGUGUCCACAUAAAACUAAAAUUAAGGGGAAUUUAAUCAAGCAUAUAAACUCCUUGCACUUAGAUGAGAAGGAUAUUACAUGGCAUGAGUGCCAGAUUUGUUCAUACAAAGGUAAAAAUGUGUUGGCUUUGAAGAGACACAUUAUUGUACAUCAUUUGAAAGAUAAGGAUGUUACAUGGCAUACAUGUCAAAGCUGUCAAUAUAUGACUAAACAUCGUAGAGUAUUAAAGGAACAUAUAAAUGGGCACCAUUUAGAUGAACAAGAUAUUAAGUGGCACGAAUGUGAAGAGUGUUCGUAUAAAACCAAAUAUAAAAGCAACUUGUCAAAUCACAAAAUGGUAUCACACCCUACUGAAGACAGUAAGUGGUAUGAAUGUAAAAAGUGUUCAUACAAAACUAAGUAUCGACUUGCUAUACAAAAACAUGGAAAACUACUUCACAAAAAUGAAGAAGAUAUUAAAUUGUACGAAUGCCAAAUUUGUUGUUUUGAAACUGAACAUGUGUGGUCUUUCAAGACCCACGUAAUUACCCAACACGAAUGUGAAGAAAAUAUUCAGUGGUUAAAAUGUGACCAAUGUCUACAUCAAACUGAAAGUAAUACGCAUUUUCAACAACAUUUAAGUGCACAUUGUACCGAACAAAACAGUCCAUGCUAUAUUAAAUGGUAUGAAUGUAAAGUUUGCCCCUACAAAACCAAAUGGAAGAGCAGUUUAAACCGUCACAUAAAUGUACACCACUUAACGGAUGAAGAUGUUAAAUGGUACGAAUGCCAAAUUUGCUGUUUUAAAACUAAAUAUUUGGAGUCUUUCAAAACUCACACAAUUACCCAACACGGUGGUGAAAAAAAUAUUAAAUGGUUUAAAUGCGACCAAUGUCCACAUAAAACCAAACGUAAGAUGCGUUUAAAACAACAUAUAAAUGCUCACCAUUUAGAUGCGCAAGAUAUAGAAUGGUACCGAUGUACCGAGUGUUCAUAUAAAGCCAAAGACUUACCGUCGCUAAAUAGACACAUUAAAGUACGCCACUUGGACGAGAAAAAUAUUAAGUGGUAUAAAUGCGAUAAAUGUGAUUUCAAAUCAAAAGAAAACGCCGGCUUGAAACGUCAUACCACUAGGCGACAUACAAAUCCACGCGAUAUUAAGUGGUACGAAUGUGAAGUUUGCCCCUACAAAGCCAAAUGUAGCAGUCAUUUAAAGCGUCACAUAAACACACACCACUUAAAGGAUGAAGAUGUUAAAUGGUACGAAUGCUACAACUGUCCAUACAAAACUAAAACAAAAAGCGCAUUGAAAGAUCAUAUAAAUGCUCGGCAUUUGGACGAAGAAGCCAUUAAUUGGUAUAAAUGUGAUAAAUGUGAUUACAAAGCAAAACGUAAAACUAACUUGAAAAUUCAUAUCAAUGUGCGACAUACACAUCCACGCGAUACUAGAUGGUACGAAUGUAGUGUUUGCUCCUACAAAGCCAAAUCUAGCAGUAAUUUAAACCAGCACAUCAGCGCACACCACUUCAAGGAUGAAGAUGUUAAAUGCUCAACUAAACAUGUGAGGUCUACAACUGUCCAUACAAAGACAAAACAAAAGGCACAUUAAUUGGGCGGCAUUUGCCCAUUAAAAUGUAUUUUUUAUUUUAUUAUUUUUAAUUUAUAUUUUUUGUUUUUUUUUUAAUAUUAUGUGUAUCAUUAAUUUAUAGUAAAUAUUGUCAUUUUGUUCUUAUUUCUGCUCACGAAACAGGAAAUAAACUUAAAUCUAAAUGAGA